CGCGAUACUUCACGUGUCCGCAUCUUAUCACCGUGAAUGGAGAAUCGCCUUGAUUUUGGCUGGUGGUGGAAGUGGACUGCAUUAAGCAGAAACAAGGUUGUUGGAAACCCUGAACACCAAUCAUGUCAGAGAUGAGUGGGAAGGUCCAGACUGUCCUGGGUCUGGUGGAUCCGGAUCAACUGGGCCGCACCAUGACCCACGAGCACCUGACCAUGAGCUUUGAGUGCUGCUACUUCCCUCCUCCUCCAGGUGACGAGGCCGUGGCGGAGAACCCGUUCCAGAUGCAGCACAUGCACUGGCUGAGACAAAACCCCUACAGCUGCCACGAGAACCUGCUACUACUGCAGGAGACCGCCGCCGUGCGGGACGAGCUGCUGGCCUACAGGAAGGCCGGCGGGGGCACGAUAGUGGAGAACACUACCACGGGCAUCGACCGGGACCUGCCCACCCUUAGGCAGCUGGCCAAGGACACUGGUGUCCACGUCGUCGCAGGAGCAGGGUACUAUGUGGACUGCACCCACACUGAGGCCACCAAGAGAAUGAGUGUGGAGAAGCUCACAGACAUCAUCGUCAGCGAGGUGCUUCACGGCGCCGACGGCACAGACAUCCGCUGUGGUGUGAUCGGAGAGAUCGGCACCGGCUGGCCCAUCACAGAGAGCGAGACGAAGGUGCUGAGGGCCACGGCUCACGCUCAGGCCCAGCUCGGCUGCCCCGUCAUCAUCCAUCCUGGUAGGAAUCCUGCUGCUCCGGCUGAAGUCAUCCGGAUUCUUCAGGAGGCCGGUGGUGACAUCGGCAAAAUUGUCAUGUCACACCUGGACAGGACUAUAUUUGAUGAUGGUGAACUGCUUGAGUUUGCGAAGCUGGGGAGUUAUCUGGAGUAUGAUCUGUUUGGAACAGAGAUGCUGAACUACCCGUAUAACCUGGAGGUGGACAUGCCCAGUGACAGCCAGAGAGUGAAGGCCUUGGCGUUCCUUGUGAAGGAGGGCUACGAGGACAAGAUAGUGGUUGCACACGACAUCCACACCAAGAACCGUCUCACCAAGUACGGCGGCCACGGCUACUCUCACAUCCUGAACAACAUUGUGCCAAAGAUGCUGAUGAGGGGCAUUUCGCAGAACCAGGUGGAUAAGAUCCUCAUCGACAACCCGAAAUGCUGGCUGACCUUCAAAUAAAGUAAAAAAGGAGACAAGGGGUGUUUUGAUGUAGCGAUUAUUUUUAUCUCCAGAUGAUGACUGAACACCCCACAAUGAAUACUUUGAGAUCUUUGCAAUAAUCACAGUCCAAACUAAUUUAUAAAUGUGCUUUUGGAGCCUCAAACCAAUGAGCUUACAGUGUUUGUGCAUGGAUUAAUCUUUAAUGUCAAUGUUAGAUUUUUCAGCAAACAGUAGCAAGAUGUUUUGCAACUUCAUCUUUCCAAUGGAAAAUAAUUUACAGGCUGUUGUUUCAUCCAGCUGAAAGAGUUUUUGUAGAGGCCCUCAUUAAUUAAAACUUGAUUUUGUAUUUGUGAUUAUAUAUUAUUCACUUUGUAAGCUAAUUAUAUGAAGGAGCCUUGCAGGAUCACAGUGCCUCUCAUUAGCCAUCUUGUUUUGGUCCCAGUUAUGUCACAAAAAUAAGCUUUUUCUUGUCUUUAGAAAUGUGAAUCACAGACUAACAUUUUCUUUUCUCUGGAAGUGUAUUGUCAGUGAUGCUCACAAAUAUGGUGCUAAUUGAUUUUUCAAUGUCAAUGUCAAAGUUGCUUUCUUUGUAUUUGUAAGUGACAUUUCUGCAAACACGUUUUAUGGGAUGAAAAUAAUGAGCGUGCUGGUAAUAAGUAUGCUGCUCUGCUCUCGACACAAUGCGGCUGUGUUAGAUGAGUUGUCCUGUUGCCCCUCAGUGGGUGUCUGGGUGUCUAUGGGAGGCUGGCUGGCUGGCAGGCCCAGAUGAAGGACAUGUUCUCCUCUCAUCUGGGAACAGGUGGCCUCACAGGGUGACUUCACCACAUGAUCAAUGGCACGAUCACCACAGUGCACCGUGAACAACUAUGUAACUUUGAUUAAUCUUCUGAGAGGAUUACAAAGUGAGCCAGAGGAUUUAAUUGUACAUGAUAUUUUACACAUUAGCUGACAGUCUUAUCUGGAAGGGCUUAACAACCUGCAUGCAGAUCGAUGUCCAUCGUGGAACUCGAGGAAACAUUUCCGUCAGUGUGACUGUCCAGUUUUGUGAUGGUGACUAACCACCAGACCUCCCUCUUGCCCCAACCAGCUGUCGUAUUGAGACAAGAAAAAUUAGUUACAGUGAUCAUUUGGUGACAGCGCUUCAGUAUGAACAUUAGAAUGACCCUUUACAGAUUUAGUUUCUAUAGUUUUUAUGCUGCACAGAGUUGAAAUGUCAUUUUUAUAAUCAUGCAUCACUAGUUACAUUUUCACUCAAAAUGCAACAACUAUCAAAUAUUUUUGAAAAAAUAAAGCACACUGGACUAACAA